AUGGCACUUUCUGUCAAAUAUAUCAGGAGAUGCCUCCAAAGGCAUGAUAGGACCAAAACAGAAUCAAAUUUGAAAAGUUUCGAUCAAAUACAUUGGAGAAGAUUCUCAUACCGAGAUCUUGUGCAAGCCACUGAUGGAUUUAGUGAAAGUAACCUCCUCGGCAUCGGGAGCUUCGGUAGAGUUUACAAAGGAAUAGAUCACUACGGGAUGGAUUUUGCAGUCAAAGUGUUCGACGUGGAACUAGAAAGAGGAAUAAGGAGUUUUGAGGUGGAAUGCCAAGUAAUGCGCUAUUGUUCUUUUCACCGAAAUGUUGUCAAAGUCAUCAGCAUCUGUUCCAACCUUGAUUUCAAGGCUUUGGUCCUCGAGUACUUGCCCAAUGGGACACUUGAGAAGUGGCUGCAUACUCACAAUUAUAAUCUAGAUAUCCUUCAAAGACUUAACCUGAUGAUAGAUGUAGCGCGAGGACUGGAGUAUCUCCAUUUCCACUGCGCGAAACCUGUCGUUCACUGUGAUUUGAAGCCCGGAAAUGUCUUGCUGGAUGAAGAUAUGCUUGCACGUAUAAGUGACUUUGGUCUAGCCAAGUCCUUGAGUGAUGGUGAUGUUAUGCAAGAGACCACCACCCUAGGCACUCUCGGGUAUAUUGCACCAGAAUACGGAUCCAACGGACUUGUUUCAACCAAGAGCGAUGUGUAUAGCUUUGGGAUCAUGAUGAUGGAAACUUUCACUGGAAAAAGGCCCAUUGAUGAAAUGUUUGCCGGAGAAGUCGACUUGCGGUGGUGGGUAAAGGAAUCAAUAUUGCUUGAUGCAAUAGACAGAGUUGCAGAUGCUAAUUUGCUGCGAGUCGGGGAUGAAUUAUUUGAGUCUGCGACGAAAACUUGUAUCAAAUCCAUUUUCAAUUUGGCACUCAUUUGUUCUGCAAAGUCAGCUAUCCACAGAUUGGAUAUGAAGCAGGUGUUAACUGGAUUAGAAAGAACCAAAGCAGCCUUUUUGAAGGAUAUUGAAAUAGAUUAA